AUGGCUGCCCAAAUUUCCAAUCCAAUCGCGCCUUGCCGCCGCAUAAAGCUCAACGUCGGGGGCAAGUUUUUUGAAACUACCCUCUCCACCCUCCAGUCCGCCGGUCCUGAUUCCCUCCUAGCUGCCCUUUCCAACCGCGCUGCCUAUAACCCUAUCUUCAUCGACCGGGAUCCUGAAAUCUUUUCCGUCCUUCUCUCCCUCCUCCGCUCUAACCGCCUCCCUUCCGCCGCCCUCCGCCGCUUCUCUAUCCACGAACUCGCCGAAGAGGCUCUUUAUUACGGCGUGGAGUCCCGUCUCCGCUCUGCCUCUUUGCCCUCGCCGCUUCAUGGCAUAGACGCCGCCAUCGUCGAUACCAUCCGCCCUGCCUCAGACGCUGUUCCUUCCACUUUCUCCGCCGGAGAAGAUGGUUCACUUUGGAUCGCUCACGGUGGUCAAAUUUCAAUAUACGAUUCCUACUUAUCAUACUCCACCGCCGUCCGUACGCAUCUCGAUGAUAUCACCUCGAUUUGCCGGGUAUGGCCAGAAAUAGCCGCUGUCGGAUCCGAAUCCUCAUCGGGUCUCCAUAUCUACGACCUCUCCAGCGGUCACUAUACCGGUUCAGUUCACUGGACCGACCAGGACGAUCCACGGAUAUACAAAGCCCGAGUCUGCGCCAUCGCUAACUCACCCGACUCGGUCUUCGUAUCAUUCGAUUGUCCCCAUAGAGAAAACAGCGUCCUCGUUAUCGACAAAUCAACGCUUCAGGUCUCAUCAGAGCUGACUCGCCAAUCAGGAAGCGCCGCCAAGAACACAUUCCCCGGAAAACUGACGUGGCUACCGGAAACUAGUUUGGUUAUCGGAAGUGCUGUCACAUGUGGGGCAUUUGGUUAUUCAGGUUAUAUUAGGAUAUGGGACCCGAGAAAUAAGGAAGUGGUAUGGGAAACGAACGAGCCGGGUUCAGGGCGGAGCAGUAGGUUCGGAGACUCAUUCGCCGACGUCGGUGUCGACAUUGACGAUUCGAUACUCUUCAAGAUAUGUUCAAAAUCUGGGGAUUUGGCAAUGGCAGAUAUUCGUAAAUUAGGGGAUGAUCCUUGGGUAUAUAUGGAAGAUACAAAUCCUAGCAUGAGAGAAGCUAGCUAUGGUGGGAAUGAGGUUCAUUUGCAUUGCUAUAAAAGGCAGGUAUUCGUGGGGAAAGAUGGAGGAUUGGAGGUUUGGUCGAGAUUGAAUGAGAGAGGUGGUUGGAGUGAGCAAAGAGGGGAUAGUGAAAAUGGAAGAGAUGAGAUGAGUUUGAAGAGGAAUUAUGUGGAUAAAGUGGAGAUGGGAGAGAGAGGGUUGAUAAAGAGAAUUGAAGGAGGUGGGGAGAGAUUGUUUGUUAGCAGAGAAAAUGUGGAAGGGAUUGAGGUCUGGGAGAGUUCUAAUCAUUCUGCUAUCAUUUCUGUUUCCUCUUAA